AUGGGUAAGAUCGGGAAAGGUACCGGUUCGUUCGGUAAGAGACACAACAAGUCUCACACCAUGUGCCGCAGGUGUGGUCGUCGGUCUUACCACAUCCAGAAGGCCACGUGCGGCGCGUGCGGCUACCCCUCCGCGCGGAAGCGUAACUACAACUGGUCCACCAAGGCCAUCGGCCGUAGGACCACGGGCACCGGGCGCAUGAGAUACCUCAAGACGCUCCCCCGCCGCUUCAAGAACGGCUUCCGUGAGGGUGCGCGCGAACACCACAUUUUCUCCUCGUUCACCGGGGGCUUCGCUGUUUGAACGCGAGGACGGAGACGCGCGCGUCGCUCGUUCGCGGGCGACGCGCGUCGCCGCCGUCGCAUUCGCGGUGUGGACGUCUCCACGCUCGCGGACGCGACGGCCAGCCUGGUCGUCCUCGAAAUCGGGCGGGCUUCAGCCCGAACCCGCGCGCUCGACUCGCGCGCGAAACCGACGCGAACGAACGACUGACCGAAUCGCAUCGCCCCCUCUUCGCGUCUUCUCUCUUCAGGCACGGUGGCCAAGUCGAAGAAGCGC